AUGGCGGAUCUAAUCUUGGAUAUGCCAAGGAAGUGGCAGGUGUAUGACAGGGUUCGAGGGGUGGCUCUAUCGAGUGAACGAUUCCAGUUCAUCUUCAAGUACGAGCAUGAUCUGGAGGAAGUUUUAAAAAAGCGUGUGUGGACUUUCAAUGAAUGGUCUAUUAUCAUUGAUCGCUGGGUGGAAAAACCACCGGAUGACUAUUUGAAGUUUAUGCCGGUGUGGAUUCAGAUCAGGAACAUUCCUGUCAACUACUACACCGAGGCCUCGAUCUAUGACUUGGGAAGUAUCAUUGGGGAGGUCAAAGAGAUGGCUUUUGAUCCAGAGAAGCCUCAGAGUAAAGAUUACGUGCGAGUCAAGGUUAACUUUGAUGUUUCAAGGCCUGUGCGCAGAUCGAAGGAAGUGAUCCUUCCAACUGGGGAGACUACGACAAUUUGGUACGAUUUUGAGUGA